AUGAAUGCUCCAGAUCGUUUUGAAUUAUUUGUUUUACCUGAAGGUGCAAAAAAAGUUACAAUGACUAGGGAUACCAAAAUUCCAAAUGCAUCAAUGUUUGUAAUAUUAAAGGAAGAUCAUACAGUUGGUAAUCUUGUUAGAAUGCAAUUAGUUGCUGAUCCAGAUAUUAUCUUUGCUGGUUACAGAAUGCCACAUCCAUUGGAACAUAAUGUUAACAUUAGAAUCCAAACCAAUCAAAAUACAACUCCAUUAGAUUCAAUCAAAAAAUCAAUCGAAUGUCUCACUAACGAAUUUUUAAAUAUCGAAGAUCAAUUUAAAACUAUGGUUCAAAGAAAGAAACAUAUGGCAGACACUUAUAUUUAA